ACUGCUGCAGCCAACACGCCCUGAAGGCCCCUGUGGUGAACUGAGUUCUCUCGCGGCCAUCCUGGUCGCUUCGAGUGCCCGUGCUGCCCAAAACACGCGUGGGCGCCCAGCCGGACCCGCGUGCGCAUGCUCGAAAACUUCACCCAGACCGCUUCCCGCCGCGUAUUCCCAUUGCACCGCAACUAUGCAAUACUCCCCACUUUCGGUGCGAGGGGACGCCGGGGCACUUGUUCCCCUGUGCGGCCGGGCGAUCCAAGUUUGGCCUGGAGGGGUUGGAGGCACCCGAGCUCGACAGUUCAGCAUGCAAUUGGCUCGGCUCGCUUGCGGCCGGUUCAGCCUCCCAAGCCCUGAACCGUUUGCCGUCCGUGGCGACAAAUGGGGCGAUUUCUUCUUCAGUUGGAUGCGGGUGGGCCGUCGUUUUUAUAGUUUACUUUCUUUUGCUUCGGCUUCGAAAGCCUUCUUGCUCGCGGUUUCAUGUGCCGAACGAGCCGCAGAUUGCAGCCGGCGUGCCCCAACAGGUCAUCUGGCGAGGAAACGAAUCUGGAGAGAGCCCGGUUUUAACUUCUGCUUCUUUGCGCGGCAUCUAAAGCGUGAUUACCGCGGUUCUUUCAGAAACGCGGCGCGGCCACGCGUGCUGGGGCAGGGCGGUCGCGAUGGGGGACGGCGCGGGGCCACAAGCCAAGGCGGCCGCGCCGAAGUGGCCAGCACCAGUGUUGAUGUUAGCGCACGUUUCCCGCCUAUUAGCGCAGCCGGGCGCGUGGCGUGA